AUGGGGAGAAAACCGAGACAGCAGCGGAGAGAUAGAAUCAGUGAACUCCCAGCAGAUAUAGUUGACAUGAUUUUGGGGUUUUUACCGAUUGAACAAGCUGCUAGAAUGGCUGUUUUGUCUACCUUUUGGAGAGAUAUGUGGUUCAGUCUUACAAAGCUCCACUUUGACUAUGGGUUUAUUUUUCACAUUAAGAGAAAAUAUUCCCAUGCUUGCAGUGAUAUCAGGACCCAAACCACACAAGAGCAAAAGAAAAACAGUGAUGUUUGGAUGUCUGCAACUUUGUAUGUAAUCAACAAAGUCCUCAACCAGCACAAUGGACUUAUUCGCUCAUUUUUCAUUGAUUUUCAGCAUCUCCGGAAUACGCUUAGGUCUCGGUCAUUUGACUUGAACCAGUGGUUACUUUUUGUCACACAAAAAGGUGUUGAAGAAAUCGACCUUAGUCUUAUGGUUGAAGAUGAAUACAGGCUUCCGAAUUGCAUAUUUUCUUGCCUAACACUAAGGAGAUUGUAUCUUAAUGGAGUCUCUGUUAAAUCAAUAAAUGCCCAUUGCACAUUACCAAAUGUCACCUUACUUUGUUUUAGAAAUAUUGACUUUGAUGGUGUUGAUCUUCCGGUUCAAGUUGAUUUUCCUAUACUCAAGUAUCUCUCAUUUAUUGGAUGCAAUAACCUGUCCAAUUUGAACAUUUCUGCUCAAAAACUCUAUAGUUUAACAAUCAACAAUUGCCUCUUUUGCCAACUCCCCUUUAACUUAGACUUAAGAUCUGUUUGUACUCUUGAUUUGGAUAGUUAUGCUGUCAAGGAUUUUGUUAAAGGAUGUACUAGAAGGGGACUGCAACCACAACCACUUGUACUAAAUGUGGAAUGCUUGAUACUGUCAGAAUCAGAAAUCUCUACCGAUGACAUUUCUUCCGAAUUCAUUCAUUUGCUUCAAAUAUGCCCAAAAUUAUGUGAACUUGAUUUAACUUUAUCGAUUUUCUAUGAUUUUCCAAACAUCGACGAAUUUCAAAGACUUAAAAUGCUACAGUAUUUGAAUCUGAGAGACUUUGUAGCGUGUAAGGAUUAUAUUGUUUUCAUCAAGGAGCUACUUGCUUGCUUUCCAGCACUUGAGGAGGUUGUUAUUACUAUUUCAGAAAUAUAUGUGGGAUUUGAAAAUUACAAGGAGGAGCUUUUGCAUUUUCCUUGUGCCUCCACAAAAGCGAAAAUAUUUAUUAUCGACUAA